AUGGGCUCGACCUCCGCCGCCACCGCCUCCUCCACCGCCGCCAUCUCCGCCACCUCCGCUCCCACCGCCACCGCCGCCGCCGCCGCCGCCGCCGCCUCUGCCUCCACUGCGCCACCGACACCUCCACCCCCGCCACCACCCCCACCGCCACCCCCACCCCCUCCACCGCCUCCAACCCCGCCUCCACCGCCCCCGCUAGCUCCUCCAGCGCCCCUGCCCCCCUUGCCCUUGCCAGGGCGGCAUCUCCCGCUAGGGGUAGACGCCGCACCGACCGACUCAAGCCCAACGAGGUCGGCCGCAGCAGCAGAGGCAACAGAGGGCAAAAGAGGGGAGGGGGAAUAUCCCUCAAAGAUGGGGGUGCGAGGGUCACUACGAGAGGCUCCUACAGCUACUAUGCUCUUCUCUGCUGCUAGGAGGGCCUUCUCGAGGAGGUCAACGGUGAGAGUGGUGGGGCAAACUGAGAGGAAGUGGUCCCUGACUACGCGAAGGGAGUUAGGGAGCCGGGUGACUAUGUAG